CGGAUGGCAUUUUAUGGAUCACAAUAUUAAUGUCAUUAAGUGGCCAGCUCAGAGUCCAGACUUUAACCCCAUAGAUUUAGUUGAUAAAACAAUUCGUUCUGAACAUCCAGAAAAGUUCAAAAAUAGUGCCGAACUAUUUGAAACAAUCGAAGUCGCCUGGAAUUCUAUUCCAAAAGAAAUAAUAGAUAGCUUAAUUGGUUCAAUGAGAAAAAGAUGUCUAGCAGUUAUCAAAAAUAAAGGUUUUGCAACCAAGUAUUAGCUUCUUUGUAUACGACAAUUGCUUUGUAUAUUACGUUUCUCUAUUUUUGCUCGCUG